UUAUACCACUUUAGCUUUAAGCCUGAAAUUAAAUCAAAACGAGAUGAUAACUCUACUGUUCAGUCCGAUAUACAUUCUAUAUGCAAUUUAUCCAUUGUACCUUUGUAUACUUCUUGGUCACAUUCUAUUGAACAUGCAGAGAAUGGGACAGGUGAAGCUGGUGGUACUCUAUGCGCAUCUGCUUCUAGUUCUAUCGCAGUUAGCGGAGGUGGGAAUUGUGAAGUAUGGGCGUAUUUUGUUGGUUCCAAGUUAGAAAAUCCUUUAGUAAAGUCAAUUUGUCUUCGACAACAUAGUGGUCAAAUAACUGCUGUCGCAGUACAAAUGAAUUUUAUAGCUACUGGCUCGAAAGAUAAAAAUGUAGCUGUCUACAGUUAUGAUUCAAAUACUGCAAAAGUAACACUUCAAUACAUCAUACAUAAUGCUUCUAAAGAUUGGAUUAUAUCAUUGAAAUGGUCAUAUAUCCCGCAUAAAAUGCAUGACAGAAAACUAACAUUACUUGUUGGAAGUAGUGAUCAGUCAAUUCAUUUAUAUAGAAUUAAAUCAAAGAAAUAUAAAUUGAACCAAACACUUGUUUCAUAUAAACUUGGCAUUAAAUCACUUGAUUUCAAUUAUCCUUAUAUUUUUUCUGCUACAUCUAAUGGUCAUAUAAGUGUAUGGCGAUAUGGUCGAAAUGAAAAUUUUGAACUUAUCAGUGAAAUGAUAAUAUCAUCACCGUUAGACACCUUGAACUCGAAUACAACCAAUGAGAAUGUAGUGAAUCUUAUUAAAGUCCAAUCAUUUGAAUAUACUCCUUGUUAUUAUUCCUCGAACAAUAAAAAUGUUAUCAAUUCUUACGAUGAACUAGAACCUCAUAAAAGUAAAGAUUCUGUGGUCGAUACUAUGGAUUCCAAUAAUAGUCCACGUUCAUUAUCGUUUAAUGAUAUUAAUAACGAUGAAGAUGACAGUUUACAGCAUCAGGAUAUUACGGAUGGAAAUCUAGUUAGCGACGAAGAAAGUGUGAAAGGAACUUCUGAUCAGUGCUGUUUAAAUAAUGAUGAAUUAAUGGACGAGGGUUCCGAUGAAACACCAAGUCAGUGCUCAGAGAAAGAUCUAAUGACUGUGAAUAAGUGUAAUAAUGUUGCUUUCAAUAGUGAUGAAUCAACAGGAUCUCACAUUUUUGACAAAUUUAUUAAUCGUCCUGGCUCCUUGUCAGAAUUACUUGAUGAGACUAAUGUGAAACUUGUGAUUGGUCAAACAAUUUCCGGUUCACGUAAUAUUCAAGAGUUUCAAUUUCGAGUAUAUGAACCAUCACUUACAGGAUAUCAUGCUACUCUAAGUGGUCAUGCUGGG